GGGGUUUGCGUUCCCAGAGUUCCUAUUGGGUUAACACUGCAGGCUCUAAGAUGGCGGCAGUGGCAACCUGCGGCAGUGGUGCGGGGACUACUGGGUCUGCAGUGGCGACAGCCAGCAAGAGCAAUGUCACCAGUUUCCAGCGGAGGGGUCCUAGAGCCAGCGGGACCAACGACAGCGGCCCUCGACUGGUGUCCAUUGCGGGCACGCGACCGUCGGUGCGGAAUGGACAGCUGCUGGUAUCAACCGGGCUCCCAGCCCUGGACCAACUCUUAGGUGGAGGUUUAGCCAUUGGAACAGUUCUUCUAAUUGAGGAGGAUAAAUAUAAUAUUUACUCACCUUUGCUCUUCAAGUGUUUCCUGGCAGAAGGAAUUGUCAAUGGGCAUACUUUGUUGGUUGCGUCUGCUAAAGAGGAUCCUGCCAACAUUUUACAGGAACUUCCAGCACCAUUACUGGAUGAUAAUAGUAAGAAGGAAUUUGAUGAAGAUGUGUAUAAUCAUAAAACACCAGAAUCUAAUAUUAAGAUGAAAAUAGCUUGGCGUUACCAGUUAUUACCCAAGAUGGAGCAGAUUGGACCAGUAUCAUCACGAUUUGGUCACUAUUAUGAUGCAUCAAAAAGAAUACCACAAGAACUAAUUGAGGCUUCAAACUGGCAUGGAUUUUUUCUUCCAGAGAAAAUAUCUUCAACUCUCAAAGUAGAACCCUGUUCUUUGACCCCUGGCUACAUAAAGCUGCUUCAGUUUAUCCAGAACAUCAUUUAUGAGGAAGGAUUUGAUGGAUCCAAUCCUCAGAAAAAACAGAGAAACGUUUUAAGAAUAGGAAUUCAGAAUCUUGGCUCACCUUUAUGGGGAGAUGAUAUUUGCUGUGCAGAAAAUGGUAGCAACAGUCACAGCCUUACCAAGUUCCUCUAUGUUCUCCGUGGUCUUCUGAGAACCUCUCUUUCAGCCUGCAUCAUCACAAUGCCAACACAUCUGAUCCAGAAUAAAACCAUUAUUGCCCGUGUCACAAACUUGUCAGAUACAGUAAUUGGUCUGGAAUCAUUUAUUGGUUCUGAGAGAGAAACUAAUCCAUUGUAUAAGGAUUAUCAUGGCUUGAUUCAUAUACGGCAGAUUCCUCGGCUUAAUAACUUGAUCUGUGAUGAAUCAGAUGUCAAAGACUUAGCUUUUAAGUUAAAAAGGAAGCUGUUCACCAUUGAGCGACUGCAUUUGCCUCCAGACUUGUCAGACACAGUGAGCCGCUCAAGCAAACAGGAUCUGGCAGAAUCCACCAAGCGGCUGGGCCCAGGCUGUGGCAUGAUGGCCGGAGGCAAGAAGCACCUGGACUUCUAGGGAUUCCUCCUUAGCCGUUGCAUGCAGAAUUCUAUGACACUCUAAUUAUGAUUGCUAAUAGCUUAUGUAAAUAUUUUUCUUAACAAUUUGACCCUCCACUCCUUGAAAAACACAGGAUUGUAAAAUGGAGCCACCAUUUCUCAUUUUUUAACUUUUUACGGAAGUAACACAGCAGAAAUACUUUUCAAUCUUUCCUUCAUGCUGUAGAGAAAAUAAUUUUAUUUUUAAAUAAACACCAAAAAAUGUCAAAAUCUCAA